CGGAAGUCGGUCCCCAGUAUCAGCGCUCCGACAGGAAGAAGGAAACGUGCAGAGAACAAGCCCCACCUCUGCAGGUGAAUGAGACCACUGGACUGAGGGUCCUGUGAAUCCAGACUUCCUUAUUAUAUUGUAGAGGACAACAACAUGGGACUGCUGUCUGACCCCAACAGAAGAAGGGCUUUGAUUGGCAUGUUGACACGCCUCAAUGCUCCAAUCUGUGUGGUCUGCUAUCUUGCCGGAGUGGCUUGGUUCAUGGGCUUGGCCUUUGAGCCAUUUACCUUGCGGACGUACAUGUCAGAGAAUGCCAUGGGAUCCACCAUGGUGGAGGAGCGAUUCCCUGCAGGUGAAAGGGCACUGGCCACAGGCAGAGAGUUUGCUGCUCACAAGAGAAAAGUUGGUGGGAUGCCAGUGGACUGGCUAGUGAAAACCAUGCAGGCUCGAGGACUGGAGGUUUUUACCCAGAGUUUCUCUCGCAAACUUCCCUUCCCUGACGAAAACAAAGAGAGAUAUCUUGUGAAAGGCACAAAUGUAUAUGGCAUCCUUCGGGCCCCUAGAGCUCCACGGACAGAGGCUCUGGUGCUCAGUGCUCCCUGCAGCCUCGGCGAUAACAACAACCAGGCUGUGGGGCUGCUGCUCGGCUUGGCCCAAUACUUUCGGAAUCAGAUUUUCUGGGCUAAAGAUAUCAUCUUCCUUGUGAAUGAGCAUGAUUUGAUUGGUAUGCAAGCCUGGUUGGAAGGCUACCACCACACCAAUGUUACAGGUAUGGACUGGUCUCCAUUACAAGGCCGCGGUGGUUCGAUCCAGGCCGCCCUGUCCUUGGAGCUCAGCAGUGAUGUCAUCACCAGUAUGGACAUAGUCCUGGAAGGCCUCAAUGGCCAAUUACCCAACCUGGAUUUGACAAACCUUUUCUAUGCUUUCUGUCAGAAGAUAGGGAUCCUUUGCACCAUCCAGGGCAAGCUGCAGAGGACUGACUGGGACAGCGUGUCCGGCUACAGCCAUGCAGUCCAGACCAUGAUGCUGAUGGCGAUGAAGCAGGCUAGCGGGCGGCCGUGGGGAGACCACGGUCUGUUCUUGCGCUACCACAUUGAGGCCGCCACCAUCAAGGGCUUCAACAGCUUCCGUCAGUAUAAGACUGAUGCUACCACCGUUGGCAGACUGCUGGAGGGAAUGUAUCGUAAACUGAACAACCUCCUGGAGCGCCUGCACCAGUCCUACUUCUUCUACCUGAUGCCGUCACUUUCUCAUUUUGUUUCGAUUGGAUACUACAUGCCAGCCUUUGGCCUCCUUGCUGUUAUCCUGCUGCUUCGUGCCUUAGACCUAUGGGUUCAACUUGUGACUCCACCAACCAGAACUGAGGAUGGAAUUGCUGAUAUUGAGCAGUCCAGUCCGGGAGUGCUGUCGGUGCUGACUCCUCUGGUGAUCAGCCACCUGACCGGAGUUGCUCUCUACAUGCUGCCAGUCUAUUUUCAGGAGAUGGCUGUCGAACAUUUUCCAGUUUCUGAGACUGAAGCUGUUGUCCUGACGGCUAUUGCUGUUUACACAGCAGGACUAGCUUUACCGCAUAACACAAACAGACUGCUGUCCGGCGAGGGGACGGAGCAGGGCUGGAAGGUGCUGAAGCUCGUGGCCGUGCUGUACCUGGCUGUGGUGCUGGGAUGCACCGCCCUCAUCAACUUCUCCCUGGGAUUCAUCCUAGCUCUCACGCUGGUGCCUGUGGCUGCCUACGUUACACCCGACGUGCCCAAAUUUCUAUCAGCUUUUGUCUUUGUCCUACUCAGCCCAGCAUUUACGCUCCUCUUCUCAGUAUUUUUCUUCCAAGAGCUGCAGGAAAUGCCUGUCAGCUUCCUAGACGGUUGGUUGAUGUACCUGUCAGUCAUCUCUCAGGGCAUACUGGACCACUACCUGUAUGGGUCUCUGGUAUUCCCACUCAUCGCCUUGCUGGUCUAUCCAUGCUGGCUGCUUUUCUGGAACAUCCUUUUCUGGAAGUAGCCUGCAGGUCCAAAUAAGGCUUGUGAGCGUCCCAUCCCCUUCUGAGUGGAUGUCAGGCUUCUCUGUAUUGAGGGGAAUGUCAACAACUACUGUUUAAAUCAACUGGAAAGAAGACUUGCCUUGGAAAGAAUGAUAUUGCUCGCUUGUUGGACAUUUUGUUGGUGAUGUAAUAUUAACUCCACGUAUUUCACUCUUUUGAGAGUGAAGCAAUUUUGGAACCGACAAAACAGUUUUUUAAACUACGAGGAAUGAAGUUAUUGUACCUCACUUUUCGAAUUGUGUGAUUUCAUAAAGGGGACGGGGCAGAUCUUAGCCUGUUAUGUUGUGUUCUUUCUGCCAAGACAGAAUGUGAUUGAAGAAAUUUCUUUCUGCAUUGUUUAGUUUGUGGUGCAUGAAGAACAGUAUAACAGUUUCUUUUUAUUUUUACUUUUGUUAAUGAUGUAUAUCAGAGUGGUACAGUUAGACAGCACUAAACAAAUGGUUGCAGUUGGCUGCUUCCUUUUAAGAUCUCUGAACAGCCUCUUUACACACAGCACUUUGAAGGUGGGACGCUGCGCUGAUGUCCCUCCCUGUUUCCUUUGAAAGAUCCAGAGACGGAACAGUGGGGCAUUGCUUUUGUUGUGCAUCUUUUCUGCCUCGGGAGGAACAAAGAGUCAAAACACUGGUGAGCCAGGAUGGCAGAAUACAGCGCUCCUUCCACUCAGAUGGUGCUGUGUGCAAUCAUAGCGCUGUGUCACAGCGGUCUGUGGGAAUAUUUUAAAGGGCAACAGUGGCGGGUCAACAAGAGCGGCUUUUUUGUACCAAUAUGGUGCAACCUCUGUGUGAAAAUGGCUUAUAUGUACAUCUGUUAAAUAAGUCAUCCAUCCAGCUAUUUCUUUUUUUUUAUACCCGUUUUGAUACAUUUUCUUUGAAACAUGUUUGUCAUAUUUAUAACCGCCAAAAUAAAAAAAACC